AUGUCCAGCAGCAAUAGUGUAAGCUCUGCCAUUGAUGGAGACAAAACCUAUGCGGACAAUACUACUGGAGGAGUAGCAGCAGUCAAGACCUUAAAUAUAUCAGCAAACCCAACUGGCUCUUAUUCCAUGGUUAAGUUGAACCAUGAUAACUUUCUCUUAUGGAAGAAUAUCGUGCUGUCUAUGAUAAGAGGAAACAAGCUAGAAGGCUACUUCACUGGAGUAAAGAUCUGCCCACCAGAAUUUAAUGAAAAGACAGUACAAGACUCAGAAACCUUGCAAGUAACCUCAAAUCCAGAAUAUGAAGAUUGGUAUGCUCAAGAUCAAAUGCUUUUAGGCUGGUUAUAUAACACCAUCGAACCCACUGUAGCCUCUGAGCUAAUGGGGUAUGACACUUCAAGAAAGCUAUGGAAUGCAACGAAUGAGCUGUUUGGUGUAAAAACAAGAUCCAAUGCGGUGUUCUACAAACGAGAGUUUGCCAAAAUGCAGAAAGGAAAUUUGAAAAUGGAAGAAUAUUUGAAAGCUAUGAAAGGUCAUGCUGAUAACUUGGCACUAGCUGGUCAUCCUGUCUCUCUUGAUGAUUUAGUCACUCAAAUUCCCGCUGGUUUGGAUUCACAAGAGUAUAACCCCCUGCAACUGAAUGCAGGCAUAACUACAAUCAAUCUUGGCAACCCAGCAGCUCAUUAUGUGAAGAGUAACAAUCCCAGCAACAAGAACCAGAAUCAAUACCACUCUGGAGGUAGAUUUGGAAACAACUACAGAGGAGGAAGAACUUUUAGAGGAAGGGGCAAUAAACAUGGUGGAAAUAAUAGACCUUUGUUCAAAUUCACACAACAAGAAUCAACACCAACACUCUGUGUUCUUAGAGUCCAAUAUCCGGCUUGGUACAUGGACAGUGGUGCAAGUAGCCAUGUUACAAAUGAUGCUAACAAUAUGCAAAAUAAACAAGAAUACCACGGACAAGGCAACAGAUAA